AUGGCUGCACCAAUUGGUUUAGCCAAUGGUGACCCAAAAUGGGUGUCGAACCUAACUCACAUGGCUCAAUGGGAGAGUGCUCGACUCGAAGCCGAAGCAAGGUUAGUUAAAGAGUCAUCCAAACAACUAAACUGCAGGCAGGCCUACAAUGGCGUCAUCGCCCCGCUCAACCUGCAUUGCCUUGAUAUAUUAAAAGCCUGGCAAAACCUGCAACUCGAGGAAACAGUAAUAGACAAUGACGACAACGACGACAACGAUGACAAUAGUAGAAACCCAUGGAACAUGAGAACUUGCAGCAGUGUCGACGAUGAUGAUUUGAAAUUGAUUAAAGGGUUCUCAAAAGAGUUUAGUGGCUGCGAAAGUGAGGGUCGUAAUGAUGAGAACAGUGACUAUUGGGAUGAUAUAUUUAAUCUUGUUGAUUGUGAUAAUUAG